AUGCUAUUAUUUUUAUUCUUUGACUUAUUCCGUCUUCAUAAUGCUAUGGAAGUAGCACUGUUCCCUUUAAGCGGAUGCUACAGUCAUGACGUAAUGAUGAGAGAAGCUGGACUUGGUAUGCCUUCGGGAACCAACGUGACAUGGAUCCAGACAUUUCUCUAUGAUUUCGGCUUUGGUGAAAUUGAUCUUCCUCAUAACUGGACGCGAAUCAGAAUUUGGGGAUAUGACAAAGAGGGAGUUGAGCUAAUGCAUACUUCUGGUAGACUAUUGUGGGAGCAAAACUUACCAACCGACUUCGAUCGACCGUGGGAUCUUCGAGGACCAUUCGUCGUAACAAAAAUACUCCGGAGGCAUCAGAGGUUUUGUGAAAAGUUUUUGGACGACCGUCGUUUUCUACAAUAUAUGUCGCACAAAACUGACCUAGUGGUGCUGGACCACCUGCUGCAGGAGUGCAUGGGUGGACUGGCAUUCCUUCUCAACGCUUCAGUGGUACAAUAUUCUAAUUGGCCCAUUGCUGAUGGCUACAUCACUUCACUAAAUGUUCCAGCCAAUCCUAGUGCUAUUCCAAAAACAGGCACUCCCCACAGUUGCUUAGGAAUGUCGUUCUUUGAACGGCUUACUAAUUUACUGUUCCACUGGAAUAUUAUUGCCGCUCGAUACAUCCAAAAGUAUUGGUUGUACAGGAUGUUUCAGGGGAAGAGCUUUGCGAAGGUCGAUCUUAUGACAGCCGAAGCGCAAAGGACAAUCUAUGCCGGCAGAUCCGAAUUUCUGUUUGAAGUCGUUCGACCGAUCAACAACCGAGUAAAGCAUUUCGCGAGCAAUAUCCAAGUAAAACCGAACGAAUUUGUCACCGUUAUACCCGAAAUGUGCGGGAACAGAACUGCCGACGAGGCACCGUGCGGCGGGCUCAGCAGGAGUCUGAGUGUAGGGAAUAAAUGGAACUAUUCGACGGUGUUGCACUCCACCAUCGAAUACAGUAGCUCGCGUUGCCUCACAAACCAUACCUCUCAAUGUGUCAGACGAACACAUCUCUACAAGGAUGUUGACAGAAGUUUAGCAAAGAAGAGGUUUGAUAGGAUCUCUUUGAAAUUCCCUGAGCUUGACUGGCCGUCCCUUACCAAGGAGAAGUUCAUCGUUGUCACUUUCGGAAGCCUAGCAAUGGCCGAGAACAUGCCUCUGAAUUUUGCCCAAAAAUUGAUUGAUACCUUCUCGCAUUCCCCAUUUAAAGUAAUUUGGCAGACAAAUUCUGAUCCGGCGUCCCUGUUGUGGAACAGGAAUGUGACAAUCCCAAAGAAUGUUGUGUUGACUCGCUGGGCUCCUAUCAAAGAGAUGCUUGCCCAUCCAAAUCUUCAGUAUCUAAUCUGUCAUGGAGGAAUCAAUACUAUUAAUGAGUUACUUUUGUUUGGAGUACCUUGGAUUGGAGUUUACUUACAGGGUGACCAAGCUUCUAACGUCAAGCGUCUGACAGACCUUGGCGUUGCUGCAAUGAUCACUGUUCGCAGCAUCGCUGAAGGGAAGUUGCUUCCCACCAUGAGAUUGUUUGAGAAGAAUCUGGAGAGCCACUGGAAGAGAGCAAGCCAGCUUUCCUCAAUGCUCGAAACCUAUCGCGGAUUGCAUAAUCAAGAACAAGAUUUCUGGAUAAGUUGGACGAUUCGCCAUGGAAGAAAGCUUCGUGGAAGAAAUCUCUUCAGAAUGAACUAUAUUGGUGACGAUGAGAAUCUGUUCUGGUUUGCUCUAGCUUUUAUCAUGUUCAUGCUUUUCUGUGUUACCUGUGUGUGA